UUUUAGGGCUCGCAAAUGUAGUGUCGAGAGCGAUGGAGCAAGGGGCGCUCGCAUCUUCUAUCUCCUUGCUGCGCAGCUGCGAAUCGACGAAGAUUUCUUCUCGCCGCUGCCACUUCUCCAGCCUUCCAUUUUUCCGGCGCGAGAAUUUUCUGUCGAUCUUCGCGUCUGCUUCUUCGGUGAUCCACCACGUAAAUUCCUGGAAUGCGGGUGGGAAUGGAUCGAAUGUUGGGGCGGACGGGAGGGAUUUCCUCGAUGCGGUCACGUCGAUGGCCACGGUCAGAGCUUCGAGCAUGGCCGGGAAGGCUGUGAUCAAGGUCAUUGGCGUCGGUGGAGGCGGAUGCAAUGCGGUGAGCCAGAUGGUGAAUUCCAGGCUUCCAAACGUAGAGUUUUGGGCUGUCAACACGGAUUCUCAGGCUUUGCGGCGAUGCAUCGCUCCAAACAAGCUCCAGAUUGGGAAGGAGACGACAUUUGGAAGAGGCUCCGGGGGAAAGAUCGAAGUUGGCGAGGAAGCAGCAACGGAAUCACUGGCCGAGCUCUCGAUGGCGCUCGAAGGCGCAGAUCUUAUCUUCAUUGCUGCUGGUAUGGGUGGAGGCACUGGCUCCGGCGCAGGACCAGUUGUUGCUCGCUUGGCCAAAGCAAUGGGAGCACUCACGGUUGGAAUCGUGACACAACCGUUCACUUUCGAGGGGAAGAAGCGAGCAGCCGGAGCCCGUCUCGGGAUGGAGGCCAUGAAGAACGCGUCCGACACUCUGGUGGUGGUUCCAAAUGACAAGCUGCUCGAGAUGGUGAGUGCCAACACUUCCAUCGUGGAAGCUUUCGGCCUCGCGGACGACAUCCUCCGGCAAGGUGUGCAAGGCAUCUCGGACAUCAUCACAGUUCCCGGGCUCGUCAACGUAGAUUUUGCGGACGUGAAGGCGAUCAUGUCGAACGCUGGCAGUGCGAUGCUGGGCAUCGGCGUUGGGGGCCACGGAAAGGAUCGUGCCGAGGCAGUCUCCCGAGCGGCGAUCAUGUCUCCGCUUCUCCAGUGCUCGAUGAACAGGCCGAUGGGAAUCGUCUACAACGUAACAGGGGGGCCCGACUUGACUCUCCACGAAGUGAACGUGGUGGCGGACAGGAUUUACAGCAUCGCUCAUCCCAAUGCCAAUGUGAUCUUUGGCGCUGUGAUCGACGAGAGCUUCAAGGGAAAGAUCCGUGUGACCGUGAUCGCGACGGGGUUCCAGGAUCAGAGCAGUGAAAAAGGUGGCGCUGAAAGCUCGUACUCUCUGAGAUACAAGACGGUGGAAGACGAUAUCUUCGAUUGGGAGAGGGGUAAGAGCUGGAACAAGGUGACUGAAGUUCCAGAGUUUUUGAAGAAACGAGCCAGGAGGAAGAACUAACGUACAUAAAAGCGAAUAUACAACUUUAUUUUUCAGGCUCGGUGAUGCCUGAGCACAGUGGCGUAGCUGCUGCUCGUUUUGUUUCUAAGUUCCUCAAGAUCACCGCAACUGACACAAAAGAUCUCUUGUUAAAAUUGAGAAAGGCAACAUUGGAGUAGAAGAACCUCUAUACGAAAUCACUAUUUUCUUACAGCCCAAAGAGAUCAAACCUGAUGCGGUGAUCGCCCUCCACAUCCCCAGUAAAGCACGACAAUGGAAACUCCACCACAAACGCUUCCUGGUUACUCUCAUCCAGAAACUCAGGCCCAAACUUUAGCUCUGUCGCCGCCGCUGCGCCACGCUCCUUGGCUACAAACGUGAGAUCGAGCUCCCGGGUGAUCUUGACACCAAUCGCCAGCAGCGAGCCACUGGCUUCCCACAGAUCCACCGAGCUCUUGAGCGCCUCCAGCCCCUCGUUCUUGUACGCCACCUCGAUCACCGCUCGCUGUGGCUCGAGGACUGAGGAGGAGAAGUAGCACUGGUCCGGCUCUUUGUCGCCUCGAAUCGUCGCCAGGCGGGAGGCCCUGGCGGCGGAGAUCACGUCGAUGGCGCACUCAACCUCGGGGAUGCACUGGAUCUGGGUGAUGAUCAUAGUGUUGAACCAGUUUGAGAUUGUCUCGUGAACGAUGGAAGGAUCCCCGUGCAUCCACACAUCCCCGGCCUUGAAUUCCAGCCGCCAGCAGCACUCGAGGCCACACAUCCAUGCAUCGUAAGAUUGCCAGGGUACGUUCCGGGCGACAAGAAAUGGCCCCUGGCCCUCUCGAUCGCCACGCUCGUAGGCUGCUAUGGCUGCCUCGAGAGCAACGUCCAGCUCUCCCAUAUGGAACUAAUAUUAGGGCUUUGCUUGUAAAGCCCAAAAACGUUAAAACAAAUAUAUAAAUUUUAAAAAAAUACAUAAUAAAUGUUAAAAUUU